AUGCCGGGCGUGGCUUCCGGUGAGGGAGGUCAGUCUCUGACGACCGCUUACUUUGACGCCGACGAUGGUCUGUCCACGACGUCUGCUGCUGACGACGUCGACGCUUUCCAGCCGUGGAACGACCCGCACAAUGUCAUCAGCUUCCAGACUUACCUGCUCAUCGUCACUGUCACCAACACUGUCGUCUACCCAUCCCUCUUCCUCGUCGGCUUCCCCACCAACGUGGUCAGUGGCGUGGUCUUCUGGAAACAAGGUCUCAAGGACCGCAUGAACCUCUGCCUCUUCGUCUUGGCCGUGGUGGACACGGCCUACCUCACCGUGCUCAUGGCGCAGGCUGCCAGCUCCUUCGUUACCUUCGUCAACGACGCCAUCGGGUCCGAAUACGACGCCUACAGCCUGGUCUUCUGCUUGGGGGUGGGGUGGGGCUUGAAAACGGCUUCCGGUUGCAUCAGCAUGGUAGUGGCAGGCGAGAGAUGCGUGUGCGUGGCCCUACCGCUGCGCGCCGAUUCCUUGAUGAAGACGCGAACGAUGGCGGCGAUAUUGGUCGUCAUCGUCGUUGUCACGCAAGUAGCCUACGUCAUCCAACCCCUCGCCUACAUCAUCGUGCGCGUGACGGACGAGAGCGCCGGCGACGGCGUCCGCUGGAACAUCGUCACCUCCGAUCUGUUCUCACGGCAUCAGGUCCUCGUCAACUUCCUUCUCGUCAUCCUCUUGCCAUGCAUCGUUCCUCUCAUCACCUUCGUCGUGAUGGUAAUCAGCACGGCCAUCACGGUGGACAAGCUCAGGACGGCCAUGGAGUGGCGCGAGCAGAAUUGCCAAGUGAGCCAUGAGAGCUCAGCCGGUAAGGCGACCGACAGAAGGAAGGUCCAGCAGGUGGCGCUGACCAAGAUGCUCGUCCUCCUGUCCUGCGUUCACAUCGUGUUCACAGUGCCUCUCAUGGCAGUCACCUUCACGCGGCUGGUGGUCCCAGACUUUUCUCCAACGGCCGCAACGCCAACAUCUGCAUCGCCGCCCACAUUUUGGGGACUGUCUUCAGCGCCGUCAACAGCAGUGUCAACUUCUUCGUUUAUUAUCAACGGUCAUCGAAAUUUCGGUCGGUAA